AGUUUAACAUACCCGCACAAACGUUAUAGAGUGAACACUUGACGCAUAUGAUAGGCCAGACGUCACUGUUUAUUCGCUCACGAUUGUUGCGGGUGGCACGUGCACUGCAUGGAUUGGCCGAAACUGAUAACAGAUAAUUAUUUAUAAUAGUAUUUGGAAAGGGCACGAGCGUGCAUCGGAAAAUUCAAAGAUGUGGAUUUUCCUUUUACUGUGCCCUUUACUCGUAAAUGUCAACUCAGCUUACGCUGAGAAGAAGAUCAAUAAAUAUGUGACCACAUUGAUCGAUGCCAAAUGGAAGGAUACACCUUUAGUUCUCGAAGUUGCUGAAUACUUGAACGAUGAAAACCCAAAUCUUUUCUGGAGGUUUGUCGACGAGGUUUCCAGCAGGUCCUCGGACUUUGAGAAAAGUGCAAAGGCCAAGGAUCACUAUGACUUAGUGAUCUCCAUUGCUGAGAAGUUUCUCAGCGCAGCUGAGAUUGCUGUCAUGAAGCUUGGGCUUUCGUUGAGAAUCUAUUCUGCCAGAGUGGAGAUGUUCUCCCAGAUGGCGGAAAAUAAAGAGAUCUCAAACUUGGAUUGCCAUAACUUCAUUGAUGCCGGAGGCAAAUUCACCUGCUCUGUUGAUGAAAUACAAGAACUCAUGAAUCAAGAAGAUCUAGUCCCAAUAGAUACAUACAGUGUGGAUCACUUUUAUCUGGGUAAACAGCACACAGAUAAGACUUUAGUGUUGUAUGGUCAAAUGGGAACAGAUGGUUUUACUUUAUUGCACGAUAAAUUAAAAUCCCUGGCUGAAACCAACAAAUUGAACUACAUACUUAGACAUUAUGUCAAAGAAAGACCCGAUAGAAGACUGAGACUGUCCGGCUAUGGAGUAGAGUUGCAAAUGAAGUCAACUGAAUAUAAGGCAACCGAUGACUCUGAUAUUAAAGACAAUGAAGAGAGAGCAGAAGAAGAUGCAGAUGAGUCUGAUGAAAUCGAUGGAAUCAACUUUGCUACCCUAAAAAAACUAUAUCCAGAUGAACACAAAAAGUUAAAUGAUCUCCAGACCUAUCUUUUAGAAAAUAGCCAUGAAAUUGGAGCUCUAAAAGUUUGGCAGUUCCAAGAAUUAAGUCAUCAAGCAGCUGAAAGAAUAAUGAAUUCUCCAACUAGUGAAGCAAUCAACGUCCUUACUGAUAUAUCUCAAAACUUUCCAAUGCAGGCUAAAUCAUUAAUUAAAACAAAAGUGAGCAAUGAUAUGAAGAAAGAAAUGAAAAUGAAUCAAGAGAUAUUUUCGGGUAGUUUGAACAUUCAACCCACAGAAACAGCCUUAUUUAUCAACGGGCUUUUCUUUGAUCUUGAAGCUAUUGACGUACUAACACUUUUGGAAUCUCUGCGUACUGAAUUACGAGUUAUGGAAUCCCUUCACAAAAUCGGAUUCGGUAGUAAAAAAAUGGGCAAACUACUAGCUCUAGAUUUAUCCAACAGCGUAGAUAGUCGAGAUUUCGCUAUUGACAUUCGAGAUUCCGCUGUUAUUUGGGUAAAUGAUAUCGAAAACGAUUUCCGUUACAACCGUUGGUCGCCGUCUUUAACCGAGCUGUUGCGUCCCACUUUUCCGGGAAUGCUUCGUAACGUUCGUCGAAAUCUCUACAAUCUUGUCAUUAUCAUCGAUCCUUUGAGUGAAGAAUCUGCGCCUCUAGUAGCUCUAGCUGAAUCUCUAUAUGCUCACUCUGCACCACUUAGAAUUGGUUUUGUAUUCCUUACUAAUUUCAAUAUGACCGAAACCGGAACUACAGAUCCUAGUAUUGCAAUCAACAAUGCCUAUCACUAUUUGAAUGAUGCUAAGAGCUCAAAAGAAGCUAUGCACUUCUUGUCGAGUCUAAGUAACUACAUCGGUCCCGAUGGAUUAGAAGUGAAUGAUGUUAAAAAAGCAUUGAAGGCUAAAGAUCCAAAAGCCAACGUUAAUUACAUUCUAGGUGAAGAAUCGGAAUACGAUGUUGGUCGUCAUCUUGCAAGCGACUUUAUCAAAAGAACUGGUUUCAAAAAGUUCCCCCAAGUUCUCCUUAACGGAGUCCCACUGCCCUCUAAUCAAUUAAAUGCUGACUCUUUUGAAGAAGCAGUUUUAUCGACUAUAAUGUCUCAAACACCCAUGAUUCAAAAAGCCGUUUAUCGUGGCGAAGUUACAGAAGGGGAUGACGUUGUGGAUUUCCUCAUGAACCAACCAAAUGUGAUGCCACGACUAAAUGAACGAGUACUUAAAGCUGAAAAAAAUAAUUGGUUGAAUUUGAUUGGUUCAUUACCCACUGAUACAGAUUACAAAAAGUGGAGUUCUCAAGAUAUCUCGACCUGGUUAAUGGAAAAUCUCAAAUACCUUUACAUCCCACGAAAAACAGUUACCAAUCAUCUUUAUACAUUAUGGAUUGCAGCUGACUUGGAAUUGCCAGCAGGAAGAAAACUUAUGAAAGAGGCGCUCGAUUAUUUGGAAUCAAAUACUGAUGCUAGAGGAUCACUUAUCAUUAAUAGUGAAAGUACUUCUAAACCUGAAUCGAACAUCAACAAAAUAGCUCUUGCUGCUAUAAGCGCAUUACCAGUAGAGAAGUCUUUUGACUAUGUUCGAAAUUUGAUUAAUAACGAGACUUUUGAAUUAAUACAGAAUGGAGAAUUCGUCAUCGAGGAUGAGAAAGUUAAAGAACAAUUAAAACACCAAGAAUUGUUAAUCAGUGUGCAACAACACUAUGCUAAGCAUGUUCUAAGUUUAAGCAGUAAUGGAAGAAUUGUAGUAUUCAAUGGUCGUAUACUUGGUCCAUUCGAUGACGAUGAAGAAUUUACUAGUGAAGAUUUCGCUCUUUUGGAAAGAUUUAGUCAAAGCACUUAUGGUGAUAAGCUAUUCAAAUACUUGAUGAAAAGUCAACUUUUUGACGAUGAUGAGUACGAAAAAAGUGAUGUGACCGAUGAUAUGAUUAUGAAAAUCACAUCGUUAUUGGUACCAAGGCCACAAACUAGAAGUCGGUUUGAUGUUCCUUUCUAUGGUGAUGAGCACAGUGCUAUAAAGAUUCCAGCCGCAAAUGCAGAUGAUGUAGCAUUCAGCCUGAUUGCUGUAGUGGAUCCUGUUUCUCGCGGUGCCCAGAAGCUUGGACCCAUCUUAAACGUCCUUCGUCAUUCUUUAAAUUGUGAUAUUAAAGUGUUUCUGAACUGUGUCGAUAAAAAUAGUGAUAUGCCACUUAAGAGCUUUUAUCGGUUUGUUCUGGAGCCCGAACUACAGUUUACUAGCAAUGGUGAUAUUGUCGGUGCUACUGCCAAGUUCACAAAAUUACCAACUUCGUCCCUUUUGACACAGUACAUUCAUGCACCAGAAAAUUGGUUAGUGGAGGUUGUUCGAAGCGUCUAUGAUUUAGACAACAUUAAACUAGAUAACGUCGCUAUAGGAGUCCACAGUGAAUUCGAAUUAGAAUACUUACUACUUGAAGGCCACUGCUUCGAGGCUUUAAUUGGUAAUCCUCCGAGAGGAUUACAAAUAACUCUAGGAACUGAAAAACAGCCUGUUAUGGUUGAUACAAUUGUGAUGGCUAACUUGGGGUACUUCCAGUUAAAAGCGAAUCCAGGUGAAUGGCUGCUAAAACUUCGUCAAGGAAGAUCUGCAGAAAUCUACGAUAUUACAAGCGUUGAUGGAUUAGACGUUAUUCACAAAGGAAACAAUGUAAAAGUAUUAAUCAGCUCUUUGAGAAGCAAUGUCCUCAAAUUGAAGGUAACAAAGAAACCAGACAAAGCUGGUGUUGAUUUACUUGCUGAUGAUGAGAAAGGAUCAGGAAUAUGGGAUUCUAUUUCUAGCUUUUCCCCAUUUUGGACGUUUACCAACACUGAAGAAGGAGACGAACAAGAUGAAAAAAUCAACAUAUUUUCUUUAGCUUCUGGGCAUUUGUAUGAGCGUUUCUUGAAAAUUAUGAUGCUCAGCGUUAUCAAACAUACAAAGUCGCCGGUCAAAUUCUGGUUUUUGAAAAAUUACUUAUCUCCAACUCUCAAAGACUUUUUACCACAUAUGGCCAAGGAAUACGGGUUUGAAUACGAACUCAUUCAAUAUAAAUGGCCACGAUGGUUACACCAGCAAACCGAAAAACAAAGAACGAUUUGGGGCUACAAAAUAUUAUUCCUGGACGUACUUUUCCCACUCGAUGUCAAGAAAAUUAUAUUUGUAGAUGCUGAUCAAGUUGUUCGAGCUGACUUAAAAGAGUUGGCUACAAUGGAUCUCGGUGGUGCACCUUACGCGUAUACUCCAUUCUGUGAUAGUAGAAGAGAGAUGGAUGGCUUUAGGUUCUGGAAGCAAGGUUAUUGGAGGAAUCAUUUGCAGGGUCGAUCUUAUCAUAUUAGUGCUUUAUACGUAGUGGAUCUUAAAAGGUUCCGCCGAGUAGCAGCUGGAGACAGACUGAGAGGUCAAUAUCAAGCUUUGAGUCAAGAUCCAAAUAGUUUAUCCAAUUUGGAUCAGGAUUUGCCAAAUAAUAUGAUCCAUCAAGUCGCUGUUAAAACUUUACCACAAGAAUGGCUUUGGUGUGAAACGUGGUGUGAUGAUAAUUCAAAGAAAUAUGCCAAAACUAUUGAUUUGUGCAACAAUCCGAUGACCAAGGAAGCAAAGCUGCAGGCGGCAAUGCGUAUUUUGCCAGAGUGGGUUGGUUAUGACGAAGAAAUCAAAGCCUUACAGCAGAAAAUAGAAAAUGAAAACAGGCAAACAGAAAAAGAAGAAGAACAUAAUGGUCCAGACUCUGACAAGCAUGAAGAACUCUAAAUGUUGUGUUUAGUCGAUGUGUCAAACAAUUGAAAGUUCUCAACAAAAUUUUGUAUAAAGAUCGACUUUUAUAUAGUGAAUGUAAUUAAUUUUACUUAACUUUCAUAAAACUGUAAGUCUCGUAGCUCUAAAACUUAAUGAUAAAGUAUUUAGCGUUAAUUAAGAACUGAUUGAUUUAAUCAACAGCAGAACGCAACUUUAAUAUUAUCGUUUUGUUAGCGAAAAUCAGGAUUUUCGUUAAAGUUGCAAAAUACUCUUGUGAUUUUAUAUGGCCACGAAUAAUGAAUAAACUUCGAAAAUUUUUGUACAGUAAAA